AUGGUGCUGUUUCAAUUCAAGACGAGGGCUUCUAGUCUGGGCAACGCUUGGCAAGCCACCGCCCAAGUUGUGUCGACUGAAACGCGUGCGGUCGUGGAGGAGGCGAGUGCGGUGAGGGAUAAAGAGGUUGAGGCUUGGGCUAGGUCGUCGGUGUUUCCAGAAGGUCGUGCCUGUAAUGAUGUCCGAUGUCAGGAACAGAACGGAGAUCGUGGAUCAAAAGAUGUGAAAGACAUCGGAAGGUUUCAAGCGUCGGGGUUCAGCUGUCUUUCCAGAAGGAAAUUACGUGCAUAUCAUAUUGGAGGUUGUAUAUCAUCUACUCCGUGA